AUGUCAUUAGGAGCAGAUUUUUCAGGUUUAAUGGACAGAAAUUGCCCUUCGGAACUGCCUGACGGAUAUCGUGAGGUAGCCAACAGGUACCAAAAUGAAGAGUCGGAGGCUUGGAUCGGUGAAUGGAUGGAAUCGAGGAAGAUUCGCGACCAGCUGGUGAUCGCUACAAAGUUUACAAGCGAUUACAAGGCUUAUGAAGUUGGCAAGGGUAGGAGUGCGAAUUUUGGUGGAAACAAUAGGCGCAGUCUGCACGUAAGUGUCCGCGACUCCUUGAAGAAGCUGAAAACCGACUGGAUCGAUAUCUUGUAUGUCCACUGGUGGGACCAUAUGACUUCGAUAGAGGAGUUGAUGGAUAGCUUGCACGUUCUGGUGCAGCAGGGUAAAGUUUUGUACCUAGGAGCUUCUGACACACCAGCAUGGGUCGUGUCCGCCGCCAACUACUAUGCUGUGUCGCAUGGUAAGACGCCCUUCAGUGUUUAUCAGGGAAGAUGGAAUGUGAUGCUCAGAGAUUUCGAAAGAGAGAUCCUCCCAAUGGCCAGGCAUUUUGGUAUGGCGCUUGUGCCCUGGGAUGUUCUUGGUGGGGGAAGGUUCCAGACCAAAGAAUCUAUCGAGAAGCGUAAAGAUCGUGGAGAGAAAUUGCGGUCGUUUGUUCAGCCUCCUGAGCAGACUGAGCAGGAAGUGAAGAUCAGUUCCGCUUUGGAAAAGGUUGCCAAAGAGCAUGGCACACAUUCCAUCACAGCAAUUGUACUUGCAUAUGUCAGGUCCAAGGGAACCAACGUCUUCCCGCUUGUGGGAGGCAGAAAGGUUGAGCAUUUGAAGGACAACAUUGCCGCUUUGUCGAUCAAAUUGGCUCCAGAACAAGUCAGUCACCUCGAGAGCGUUGUUCCUUUUGAUAUAGUGUACCCAGUAUUUUGUCUUCAAUUCAUCUCUCUCGAGAAAUCUUCCCUUUCGUGUUGGUUGUUCGUAUAUGCUGAACUUUGA